UGUUUCUGACCGAACCAUAAAAACUGCAGCACGACCGGAUGUUCAGUACACGCUGAACCGUCGCAUGACCGCACGCUUUUAAAACGAAUUUAAACAAAAUUAAUCACAGAAUUUCAUUAACCGAACCGAUUCAUUACACGUGACGCGCAAAUAAUGUCUGAUAACGAAGACAAUUUUGAUGAUGGAGAUUUUGAUGAUGUUGAAGAUGAAGAACCUAUGGAUGAUCUGGAGAAUGUAGAAGAUGAGGAUCAAGAGAACGUUCAGAUUCUGCCGGCAGGUGAAGGUCAGCAGGCCAAUCAGAAGAGAAUCACCACCCCAUACAUGACUAAAUAUGAGCGUGCACGUGUGCUGGGAACACGAGCGCUGCAGAUCGCGAUGUGUGCACCUGUGAUGGUGGAGCUGGAAGGAGAGACCGAUCCACUACAGAUCGCCAUGAAAGAGCUGAAGAGUAGAAAGAUUCCCAUCAUCAUCCGAAGAUAUCUGCCUGAUGGGAGUUAUGAGGAUUGGGGUUGUGAUGAGCUCAUCAUUACAGAUUGACACUCAGAUCACGUGUACAGUAUUAGAGACACAACACAUCUGUGUAGAUUUUAUGUGUAUAGCAGAGUUCAAUCUCUAUUUUACGUUUUUCUUUCCAGCAAGUUGUAUUUGCAUUCAUCCACAAGAUGGCAGCACAAACACACAAUAACGUUAAUACUCAAUGUACAGUUUUCCUGUUGAAUUUAGUGAUUUAAUGUUUGUUUGCUUUAUUGAUGCAGAAUUAAACAAUUUUUGUAAAAUAAAUAAAAACUACAAUAACUGUG